CUAGUUUCGGAGUUCAGCAAGUUCUGUGGAGAUACUUCGGGGUUGAAAAGUUUACGAUUAAUUUUGCUGUUUUCUCCCAUAUGCCGCUAGCUUGAAUACCGCGCAUCGCGUAGCUUCCCAAAGACACGGCAGUGCGAUGGUUUACCUUCAUUUCCCGUCUCAAUACACCGAGGAAGAGGACAUGCUACAGAAGAAGUACCAAAAGCUGAAACGCAAAAAAAAGGCAUUGCAGCAAACCAAAACGCCCAAGCAAGAACCGCCACCGGUCCAAACUACGCUGCGAAAAGGCCAUGACCAAACGUCGGAGUCUAAACCAGAUGCAAAGGAGGUCGCUAAGAAGUUACUGAAAUCAGGGGCCAUCAGUGCCAUCAAAGUUGAAAACAAGGAGCGGCAUGGAUUCAAGCGCUCCAAGGCAUCGGAACGCAAGCGCAGCCUGAAUGACCGCCCAGGAGGCAUCGGAUAUCAGCCUUACGCUGCAAACCAUCCCACAGAAGAUGACUUGGAGGCUACUGGCACAUCGUCGUCAUCGUCAUCAUCGAGACCAGCCAUGAAGUCGUUGUAUGAAAGUUUUGUGAGUGGAGGGAAUUUGGAUGAGGAUGAUCCAAAACACUUGGAGUCGCCACGGGAGUCGGCACCUGAGAAACCGCGCCAAAAGAACACACUUUAUGUGCAUGGUGCAGGUGUAAGUGAAGACCUUUUGCGGGGAGCAUUUGCACCAUUUGGUGCACUCUUGAAUAUCUCCAUGGAGCUUGACAAGAACUGUGGGUUCGUCACCUUUGAGAAGAUUGACUGUGCUGAAAAAGCUGUUCUUGAGAUGAAUGGAGCUGCAGUCUCUGGAAUCAAAUUGAGGGUUUCCUUUGCUCGGAGGCAGCCUUUGAUACCGCAGACGUCAGACGGAUCGCCAGCAACGUGGAAUUCUGUGGCAUCCAAUUACAACCAGAAAGGUGGCACGACUGAACAUAGGAAGCCUGUCCUCUACAAUGAUCUUGAUUUGUUCUAAAGUGGCUGCUGCUUCAUCUACAUUUGCCCUAAGUCAUUUCCGAAGCAUUCUGCUUCGUGCAUCUCUCACUGAAGCCACCAGAGCAGUGAUCACUGCCGAGGACUCUCGCAUACUACCACCAACUGUGUCAUUCUCAUGGAACGGCCUUCUGGCUACACCCUUCGCCUUGAUUUAGAAGGCUGUGGAAUAGAGUUUUGAAGCCAUCCCAGUCUUGGAGUCUCAAUACAGGAUCACUAAUUACUGAAGUAAAUGAAUAUAAAAACACACGGGAUCCUCUGUGCCUCGCCUAAGAUAAGACGGCUGAAGACAAAUUUUUUUUUUUAAAUUAUUCCCGAUUGAUUCACAUUCGCAUGCUUACACCGAUUCCUCAUUCUUUAAAGUUUAAAAGCUCUUUAUGCUGCCUUAUAUUCUUUAAGUUUACUAAAUUUUAAAACAAUAUAUUUUACCAGUCAUCACUUGCAUUUUACUGAAAACGAAAUCCUGCUUCUUCCUUCGAACCCCUAUACAAAAGACACUGAUGUAAAAAGCGAAUGUGUAUAAGAGACACCAGUGGCCUUACGU